AUUUAACCCUAGAGAUUAAAGAGUCAUUUGAUGAAGGGAGGCAAAUCAAGUAGCCAUUGUCAAAUCAAGUAUGAAGUUUGUUUUCUGUUCCCUUACUUCUUGUUCAUCCAUAGACACGCUAUAACAAUGAUCUUCUGCGACCUCUAAUGGUAGCUGCAUAAAAGUUUGCUCCAGUAUUUCUAUUAACGUCGCUCACAUUCUGGUCAAGGGAUAAAUGAGAAUAAAGCUCCCUCGCACUGGCCCUGAUGAACUUCACGAUCCAAGAAACUUCGAUUUUUCGUCCAGAUUGGGCAAGCAUUUGAUAAGCUUCGACCAGCGUUGCCCUCAUGUUUCGCUGGCUAUUCUACACUUCUCUCUCGCACUCCAAUCUUCACCAGCGUUACCUUCUUUCAAUUUCUCGCAGAAACUUUCAGAACACUAGCACUCUCCCGGUUCCUACACUCAAUGGGCUCAGAGACUCUUGCGCCGUCGAAAGACUUCAGAAUUUUGAAUCAUUCCGGCGAUUUUCUUCUCCGUGUUCCCAAAUGGCUCAUUCCCAGAAAAACCUAUCGGCUUCCAUCCCUGCUGCUGACAAAGCCGAUCGGUCUGAGCUGCUUCGUUCUCUCGAAUCAUCUCUAGGUUCUUCGUUUAGCUCAGACUCGCUCCUCCCAAAUCCUAAUCCACAGAUUAUAGUCAUUAGCGGGCCCAGCGGGGUUGGUAAAUACGCUGUGAUCAAGAAGCUAAAGGAAACUCGAGAGGAUCUUCGCUUCGUGGUCACUGCAACGAGCCGAGCGAAACGCCCCGGUGAAGUGGAUGGGAAAGACUACUGCUUCGUGACCAAGGAUGAGUUUCUUUCCAUGGUUGAGCGAGAUGAGCUUCUGGAGUACGCACUUGUUUAUGGUGAUUACAAGGGUGUACCAAAGCAGCAAAUUCGAGACUAUGUGGGUAAAGGGUAUGAUAUUGUGUUGAGGGUUGAUAUUCAGGGGGCUCAAACACUGCAGAGAAUUCUUGGUAAAUCGGCGGUUUUCAUAUUUCUUGUGGCUGAAAAUGAAAUGGCAAUGGUCGAGAGGUUGGUAGAUAGAAAAACAGAAACUGCAGAGUCGCUACUUGUAAGGAUUGCCUCGGCUAGGGAGGAGGUGAAGCAUGUUAACAGGUUUGAUUACGUAGUUGUGAAUGGAAAAGGGAAGCUUGAGAAUGCUGUCAAACAAGUGAAGUCCAUUAUUGAUGCAGAGAAAGCAAAGUUCCAGCACAGGAUUGAUCAAAGAUAGUUAAGGUCUUCUCCAGCAAUGAGCUUAUAUUGUUCUAAGCCCUUUCUUUAUUAUUUCAACACAUUUUUUUUCUUUGUCCGCUCCAGUUCCAAGGAAGUGCUAACUUCUUUUGCCAUACUAAGUGACCCUGGCAGCUCUAGGAAGUGUUUUUAUGCUUUAUGAUACUAAUCUUAUUCAUCUGCCCCCUUUUGGCCCAAACUUAAUCCUGGGGCUUUAGGAAGCAAACCAAGCACAUGGUAAGUUGGGAUCAUGGAUAUAUGAACAGAUUAUAGGGAUGACUACAUAAAUGGAUUAGACUUUGUGUUGCAGGAAAAAAUCCCUGUGGUUGGGUCUGUGUUCUCUUUUCUAUCUUUAUGGCACGCACCUUGUUCGUUGAGUCUUUA